AUGUCAUGGUGCUGUACACGAAGCACUCCACGACGCCGUCGGCAGGCGCCCGCGCCCCCCCCCCGCCCCCCCCCCUCCCCCUGCGCCUCUGCCCCGGGUGCCGGCGGGGCGGGGCUGGCAGCCGGCAGCCCCGAGAAAGGCAACGCUCGCCCCAAGCCGCCUGUCCGGCCCAAACCCCGGGUGCUGCCCAAGCCGGCUGUGCCCACCAAGCCCUCCCUGCCGCACCCUCUGCCGGGUCUGGGGCCGCGACACCCUCGCCCAGAGCUGCCCUCUGCCGAGAAGAUGAACCGGCUGGCGGGGCCCCAGCCCUACGGCGGGGGCAGCUCGGGGGGGCCCCUCAGGCGCCCCUCCUUCACCCUCAAGUCACCCGAGACCCCCAACGGGAAGGGGCUCCCGUCUCCUCUGGUCGCAGCCGCCGAGGACUCGGGUUCGACCCCCGGCGAGGAGGUGCCCCCUGCCCCGCCGACGCCCCCUCGCAAAGGCCCCACUGCCUUCAAGGUGACGCCGGUGCCGGUGGCGUCCAAACCGGAGCGAUUUCCUGGCACCACCGUGGAAGAGAUCCUGGCCAAAAUGGACAGCAGGGAGGGCCCGGGGAGCCCGGACCGGGCCCGGCUCUCACCCUUUUGCCCCGAUCCCUCCUCUCGCUUCGGCUCCAAGACCUUUACCGCCUUCCGGAGGCGCCCCAGCGGGGAGGCGGAUGGAGCCCCCCCCGGCGAAGCCCGCCAGACCCCCCAGCCCACGGUGGGCGAGCCGGGGACGGGGGAUGACGGACACCCGAUUGCCGAGAUGAGCGCCCGCCGCUCUUGGGAGGGGGUGGUGCAGCCCCCGACGGCGGGGCAGGGCAUGGGGGAGCUGGGGGGCUCGCUGAGCGCCCUGCCCCGUCCCGGGGACGCGCUCUCCGAGCCGUCCAUGGGCAGCGAGUCUGGCUGGAGCCUUUCCCAGUCCUUUGAGUGGACGUUCCCCUCGCGGGGGGCGCGGUGGCUAGCGUCCCCGCCCCCGUCCCCCAUCCGGGAGACAGCCGACUCGGGGCUCUCCGAAGAGGGCGAGUCGGAUGGGGAGGAUUCGGCCCCCUGCCCCCCGCACUCCCGGAGGGACAGCAGAUCCGAAGGGCCCAGCAGAUCCGAAGGGCCCAGCCCUGUGGUGGCCAGCAGCCGGGGAGCGGAGGGGGCUCCAUGUCCGGGGGGUCCCGUGGCCCAGCGAGAGGCCGAGGGCUCGGCGGAGGAGGAGGAGGAGGAAGGGGAGGCAGAGCAGGAGGCCACCGUGCCCUGCUCCCCUCUCUGCGUGACGGAGCCCGACCAGGACCCAGCUGAGCCCGAGCCCCCUGCCCAGCCCGGCCUCCUCAUCGAGGCCGCCCCACCGGAUCCGACCCCACCGGAUUCGGCCACCGCAGCCGACUCGGCCUGGGUGCCGGCGGGCGACUCGCCUGUAAGCCUGCAGGGCCCCGGCGGGCCGGGCCGGGCCGAAGGAUCCUUGAGGGGCCCCGAUCCCCACGCCGACCCGGGCUGGCUGACGGAGCUGCUGGCAUCGCCCAGGGCCCACACCGCAAGGCACGGCUCUCUGGACGCGGAAGGGCCGGAGGACCUGCUCGGCUGGUCGCGGAAGGACCUGUGCAGUGAAUUCGGCAUCGGCAGACCUCACCAGGCCGGCACCUUCGACUGGACCCGCGAGGCUGUGGCCAGGGAGAGAGACUGGCCUGGUGAGACAGAGCAGGACCGGGAAUUCGGGACUAAAUCAAGCUGGGAGAGCACCCACAGCGCCAGGGAUGGGGACCGGCGGGACGGGCCCUUCGGCACUGCCAGGAGGGACUGGGGCAGCGAUUACAAAGGGACGGAGCUGAUGGGGGAAAUGCGACUGGGCUGCAGCGACUGGUCCAAAUCCCACGGCGCAGGGGAGAGCUGCCUGCAGGAUCCAGACUUCAGUGCCGGCAAACCCAAGUGGGGCACAGGCUACGGCUUGGACAGCGUGGGCAGCAGGGAGGAGAUAGGCUCUGGGAAGGCUGACUGGAGCAGCAGCUACGGCGUGGGACGUGGCCAGCAGCAGGACGAGGAGCCCAGCUCCAGGCAGCCCAGCUGGGCUGGCAGGUAUGGCUCCGAGGUCCCAGAGAGCCAGGAGGGAGAGAUCACACCUGCGUGGGCUGUUGAGUACGGCACCAGGGAUGCAGAGAUGAAGGACAGGGAGCUUGCCCCAGACUGGACCAGUAAAUACAGCAGCAGGGAUGCUGAGACCAAGGACAAGGAUUUUACGCUGGGCUGGGCUGGCAGAUCCAGCACUGGGGACACUGGGAGCCCAGAGAAGGAGGUCAGCCCCAGCAGGCCGGCCUGGGACAGCAAAUACAGCAGCAGGGACAUGGAGAGCCAGGACCGGGAGUUCAGCCCCAGCAGACCAGCUUGGACUGGCGAGUACAGCACCCGAGACAUGGAGAGCCAGGACCGGGAGUUCAGCCCCAGCAGGCCGGCCUGGGAUAGCGAGUACCGCAGCAGGGACAUGGAGAGCCAGGACCGGGAGUUCAGCCCCAGCAGAGCAGCCUGGGAUGAGCCCAGCACCAGGGAUGUGGAGGCCCGGGACGGGGAGCUCAAAGCCAGCAGGCCGGCCUGGGCCAGCGAGUACAGCAGCAGAGAGAUGGAGACCCAGGACAGCGGGUUCGGACCCAGCAGACCAGCCUGGGAUGACGAAUACAGCAGCCGGGACGUGGAGACCCGGGACAGCAGGUUCACACCCAGCAGACCAGCCUGGGACGAUGAGAGGGACGUGGAGACCCAGGACACGGAGUUCAGCCCCAGCAGACCAAGCUGGGCCAGCGAGUACAGCUCUACGAACACUGAAAGGGAAGACAAAGAGUUUAGUCCUGGCCGGCUGAGCUGGGCUGGUGAGCGCAGCAUCGGCCAAACCGAGCUGGUCGACGCUUUUGGUGUCGGGAAGGACGACGUGCCUGGCUCCCGUGUCCCCGAUCCCCUGGCCCAGGAGCCCGGCUGGGGCAGCACCGACCGGCAGGAGCGCGGUGCCACCGACAGCAGGGACUGGGCUGAAGAGCUCGGAGGAGCUGAGCGCCACAACCAGUUUGGCAUCAUUGGGACAGAGCGGGUGCCAGAUCCCUCCAGCGCCGGAGCGUCGUCAGACGGCUCGAUGUCCUGGGCUGGCGGAAUGAGGUCGGGGGGCCUGCAGGAGCCCCUGGGAGACUGGCACAGGGACCUCUCCUUCAGCAGCUCGGACGCCACCAGCUGCGUGGGCACUGGUGAUGCCGGCGGGGUUGGACUGAGCCAGACGGCCUGGGAUCAGGGCCUGGGCAGCUCUGCCCAGCCCCACGAGGCCGGGGUGGAAGAGCCAGGCUGGAGCCGGGACCUCGAUGCAGCCGGCUGGGGCGUGGAGCUGCACGACGCUGAGGCCAAGCGCCGGGAGUGGGCUAGCGCAUUUGGCGCCCGCUGCGCGGCCCGGAGUCGGGACGUCGGUGCCGAGGAGCAGAGCCUGGGAGAUGACGCCAGCUCGGCGGACGGGGAUCCCAGAAGCACCCAUCUCUCGGACCCCAGCCCGCCGAUGGGCGAUGCUCCAGCUGACCCCCUGGCUGCAGAGUGCCGCCGGGGCGAGCCGCCCAGCCCCACCGAGGAGGAGAGGGACCUCCCUGAGCCGGCCGCUGCGCCACGGAGCCCCAGGGCCUCCCCUCUGCUGCUGGAGGCUGCCGGCGGGACCCUGCCAGACACGGAGAGCGAAGAAGCCCCCUCAGACCACCCGGAUGGGAAGAGACCACCAAGCUGGGAGGAGAAGAGGCUCUUCCCGGGCACCUCUCAGCCCGAGGGACCCACGGACCACGCUGCGGAGGAAUUCACCUUCCUGGAGGACACGGAGGUCCUGGACAGCAGCGUGUACCGCAGCAAGGCCAACCUGGGCCGCAAGCGCAGGCACCGGGCACCGGCCCUCCGCCCCGGGGCUGCCUCGGAAGGGGAGAGCUGGAUGUUCCGAGACUCCACAGAGCCCUGCCCAGCCCGCCCAGCAGCGUCCUCUGACGAGGAGGUGGCAGAAGAACCCAAGCCGCUCUUCCCCGGCCUCAACACGUCCGCCCUCAAGGCCAAGCUGAGGGGCCGAAACCGCUCGGCCGAGGAGGGGGCGCUGCUGGGGGACAGCAAGGGAACCCCCCCCAAGGACCCCCAUGUGCAGCGCUCCAAGUCCUGCAAGAUCCCGGGCUUGAGCGGGAAGCCCCUGGCGCUGCCCCCCAAGCCGGAGAAGUCCUCAGGGUCCGACGCCUCCCCCCCCCACUGGCUGCAAGCGCUCAAGCUGAAAAAGAAGAAGCCUUGA